CUCGCUGAUAAUACAUGAAAGACGUUUUAAUUCGCUGAGUUAUUAUUUUAUGUUCUUCUCAUGUCUGGUGCAUUCAAUUGAAAUGUAUCUUUUGUGUUCUUAUUCCUAAAAUUGAUUGUUCAAGUGUGUCAAAUUUUUGCGCAAGAAAUUUUCGUCCAAAUGAGCGACUCAGAAUCAACGUUGAAAGGUAAGAAAUCCCCCGAUAAUUCUACCGCUAAAAGCUUGGAAUCACCUUCAGAGGAUCCACCAAAAGGACUACUUGUAGAGAAUAUAAAACCUGUUAACUCGAACAAAAAGGCUCAAUUACGCAAACCACCCGAUCUUCCAACCUUAGAGCGAAGAAACUGGCUAAUACAUUUACAUUUCACUCGAAAGGAAUAUGACACUUGCAAAACUAUUAUUAAAGAACAACUGGACGAAACUCAAGGUAUGUGCGAAUAUGCAUUAUAUGUUCAAGCACUAAUUCUUCGUCAUGAAGGUAAAAUACAAGAGUCUUUGGAAUUAUUUCAGACCUGUUCAAUUUUGAACACAUCUGCCGAUAAUUUAAAACAGGUUGCUCGGUCCUUGUUUUUGCUUGGGCGUCAUAAAAAUGCAAUUGAUGUUUAUGAAGAAGCAUCUAGAAUGAACUCUAAAGAUUGGGAACUAUGUCAUCAUUUAGGUAUUUGUCACAUGCAGUUACAAAAUUAUAAACAAGCUUUUGAAUAUUUCCGUCAGGCUCUUCAAAUAAGGCCCCAGGACGAAACAUUCAUAGCACUUGGACAACUCCACAUUAUAGAAGGGGACAUGAAAGCUGCGAUAUCUACUUUUCGUAAAGCUGUUGAACAUUCUCCUGAAAAUCCUGAACUGGCAACGCAGCUAGGGCUUUUAUACCUUCAGUGUGGUAUGUUUCAAAAGGCUUUUGAAAAGCUUGGUACGGCAAUGGCAUUUGAUGCAACAUGUGUUCCAGCAAUAUUAGCAGCAGGUAGUAUAAUACAAAACCACAGUGACUUUGAAGUUGCACUUACAAAGUAUCGUAUUGCAAUUUCCAAAAUUCCUGAAAGUCCUGCUCUUUGGAACAACAUUGGCAUGUGCUUUUUUGGGAAAAAGAAAUACGUUGCUGCGAUUAGUUGUCUGAAAAGAGCCACAUACUUGGCUCCAUUUAGUUGGCAAAUUUUACAGAAUUUAGGAUUAGUACAUCUUACCAUGCAACAAUUUGCAUCGGCGUUUCAUUUUUUGAGUGCUGCAAUGAAUCUGAAUUCACACAGUGGUCAAUUGUUCAUGCUCUUAGCAGUUGCUUUAAAAUACUUAAGUGACUUUAAAAAUUCGGCCCAAGCUUAUGAACAAGCUUUGAAAUUGGAUGAAACUGAUCCAACUAUACUUUUAAAUUAUGCAAUAUUAUUAUAUGAAAUGGAGGAAAGAGAUAAGGCCAUAAAUAUGAUGAUGGAAUUUUCAAAACGAUGUCUGGAAAUAUCUGAAGGAAGUGAACGAAGUAAACUUCAAAACGCUAUAGGUAUGGCAGAAAUUUUGGCUAAUUUGCUUCAGAUCAAACCUUUCCAGUUUUCACGUUCGAAACAUAAUAGCAUUGAAACUUUACCAGAUGAUGAAAAUGAACUUAAAUCUUCUAAUUCCUCUGAACAAGAACCUGCUGAAAGUAGAGAGGUGCUUGUGUAAAUCGUUGAAAUUAGUUUGAAUGUUUGCUCAGAGAAAUAAUUGUGCCUCCACUAAAAUAAUUUAUUGUAGUGUAUUAUAAACAUAAUUAUGAGCAUGAUAAUUAUUUUCAUGUAUGUAUUAAAGUCAGAGAUCAUUAAUUUGUUUGAAUGGUAAUUACUUACCUAUUAAAAUAAAAUUUAGUUCUUCAACUUUUGA